AUGCGUCGAUUUCUACGCGACUUCACCGCACAUAAUGCCAGAUGUGUUUCUUAUGCUGCAAGUAUAUUUAAUUAUAAGGCAACAGUGGAUGAACUGAUUCCUUUUCCCUCUCACAAGCUGGAAAUUGAUGAGUCGGAGAAUAUUCAAGCACUCAUUGAACAGAUUCGUAACGGCGAUAAAGAGUUAAGCAUUCCAGGUGCUCGGAUAGCUGUUGAAUACGGUGGGCUUGGACUUGGGCACACUGCUCACGCAUUGGUUUGCGAGGAGUUAGGGACGUGUGGAAAUAAAAAGCUUCUGGCAACUAUUCAGCAUUGUAGUAUGGCCUCGUAUUUGCUUUCUACAUUUAGCUCGUCCAAAUUAAAGGGGAAAUAUCUCACUACCAUGUCUGAUGGAAUUGUUAUGAUGGGUUGGGCGGUUAAUGAGGGUUUUGGUACCGAUUUUAGCAUGAACGCUACCACAGCUACCCUUGAAAAUGGUGUAUAUUGGAUUAAAGGUGAAAAGAUAUGCCACUUUGGAGAGAACGCAACUCAUUUCAUAGUCAUGGCGAAGACCAUGACGCAGGUUGUUACCGAAGACGGACCCAAGGAAAUGCUUCGAAACUCUUUUUUCGUUGUCAAGAAGAAUAACGAUCAUAAGUGUGUUAGAGUGAAUAAGAAUCAUGUGACGUUUGACAACGCGCCCGCUGAGGAUGUCAUUGGUGCUGUGGGUGAAGCCUUCAGGAACUCCAUGAUUACCCUUUUUACAGAAGAGUACGUCUAUGCUGCAGCCUUACUAGGCACUCUGAAGCGAGUUGUGCAAGAGCUACGGGCCAUGGUACCAGAUCGCUGGGCAACAACAACCGUUGCUUCUUGUGCAUGUUCCAUUUAUGCUAUGGAAUCAGCUCUGUACGCUCUUACUGCCUGUUUAGACCUGCAGACGGAGGAUAGUUUGUUGGAAGUUGCACUGGUGAAUGCCUUUGUGCAGAUAACAACAAAUGAGUGGCUGACGCUGCUUUCGACAGCAACCCCUACAACAGAGACGUUGGAGGAAUGUUUUGCAUGCGCCAGAGCUCUUUUAGAGAUGAUGGAGUCGAGUGAUUUUCUCUAUUCUACAGCUGUGUGCUAUGGCGUUGAGGACUUUGGAUUGAAUUUUCAGCGUACAACAACGUUGCAACUAAUGCAGACGCGUCUGCUACGUACCCUUAACCUUUAUGAACGUCUUCCUAUCAAGGAAAUUGAUUGUACACCUAUUGACAAAGCCAUUGUAAAUUUUGGAAAUGCAGUAGAAAGCGCCUUUGUUCGUAACACCACUCGACUUCCGUACCAGCAAUUGAUUAUUAAUCGAUUAGGAGAGGCGGCAGGGCUUAUUUACAUUGCCACAGCUGCCGCUUCACGCGCCUCCAUGUGUAUCAAUAAGCGCAUCAAAACCGCUAAUACAGAGAAGCAGCUCGCAACAGCGUUCAUUACUUCUGCAAUGGAGCGCGUGAAUAUUCUUUCCAAUGAGUGCCGCAACACAGGGCUUACAGCGGAUGAUUCGUACAUGCGUAUUGCUCUGGAAUUGUGUGAAGACGCGCUCCAGUAA